AUGGUGAAGCAUAGUCGAUUGAACAAUGUCUUCCUGAUUCUGUUACACAUAAGCGUUUCCGUAUGCCAGCUUCCGAAGUCAGAAAAUGCAUAUUUCGCUGGAGACAUAGCCUCGGUAGAAGCAAGUGAAGACAGCAUGGUGACAGAGAAUUCAGAAGUCACACCGUCACAGAAAGUUGCAGGGAAAUAUGAAGCUGCAUACCUAGCAGGUGACAAAGAAACAAAGUUCUGGUUAAUUCAGGAAAGAACGAACGAACUUGUAUUCGGAUGGUCUCCAUUUCAUCAAGACAAUAUCGACGAGCUGGUUUUGGAACAGAAUGUUGACUGGGGUUUUGACAUCACUACUUCUGUUAGAAGAAACGCAUCCAGUGGAGAUAUGCAUGUCAUCGGGAAAGCCUGUGAAUUUGAACAAUUCAGCAUUGUAGGCAUGGAUGUGGGUUUUAUUUAUAAUUCCGUCGUUGACCACCGGAGCUUAACGUACAAACGUGUUCCGAGGAUCAAAAAUGCCCAUAUCACAAUGAAACCAAGCAGAAGUUUGGAAAAAACUACAGUUAGUACUCCUGUGACAACAUUGCGAGACGAGAAUGAUGUUAGCUUGUUGACAGAGAAUUCAGAAGUCACACCGUCACAGAAAGUUGCAGGGAAAUAUGAAGCUGCAUACCUAGCAGGUGACAAAGAAACAAAGUUCUGGUUAAUUCAGGAAAGAACGAACGAACUUGUAUUCGGAUGGUCUCCAUUUCAUCAAGACAAUAUCGACGAGCUGGUUUUGGAACAGAAUGUUGACUGGGGUUUUGACAUCACUACUUCUGUUAGAAGAAACGCAUCCAGUGGAGAUAUGCAUGUCAUCGGGAAAGCCUGUGAAUUUGAACAAUUCAGCAUUGUAGGCAUGGAUGUGGGUUUUAUUUAUAAUUCCGUCGUUGACCACCGGAGCUUAACGUACAAACGUGUUCCGAGGAUCAAAAAUGCCCAUAUCACAAUGAAACCAAGCAGAAGUUUGGAAGUGAAUUGGGAGCUAGAUAAAUCAUUCUGUAGUGAAAAUGACCGUGUGUUGAUAUUCCAGGGGUUAUCGAACCAGCCACUCGAGAUGCAUUUCACAGAAGAUAGGAGGAGAGAAUUUUCAAUGAUUGAGAUACAAGGAGAAGAAGGAGCUGAAAGACAGUUAAUUUUAACCGCCCAACAUGAAGGGUUGAUGGCUCUUCCAAUAUUGGGUAAAAUCAUUAUAAAUUCCAUGAAAUAUUUCCUACAUGAAAUCACCAGAGACGACCGUGGAGUAACUGGUUACUGUUUUUCAGCACAUUUUCCCUUGAGCCCAUCAUAUUUAUGA